AAAAAAAAAAAAACAACAAAAUAGAGGGGAAGGUCUCAUCAAAGUCUCGAAAACUCUGCACCUCUUUGUAUUUCUCCGAUUUUCUUCCCCUCCGCCGAUUUGUUUCUCUCUCUUUCAAUCUUCCCCUUCGCCGGCGCCCCCCCUCCGCCGGGUCCUCCCCCUCCGUCUCCGCCGCCGCAGUCUGCCGCUGCCGCUCCUCUCCGCCGUCCGCCGCUGCUCUCCUCCGCCCAUCUCUCCGCCGCUGCUCUCCACCGUCAGCCCAUCUCUCCGCCGCUGCUCUCCGCCGCCUGCUGCCGAUCAUCCCUCCGCCGUCAUCCCGCCGCCUGCUGCCUAUCCGUUGCCGUCGCCGACAGCCCUCCUCUCAAGGUCUUAGCCCAAUGUUCUUUGCUAUUGGAUUCAUUGCAGCCCAUGAUAAGCCCUUUCUCGAAUUAAUGUGAGAGAGCCCAGAAGAAGGAAGGAAGAAAAAAAAAAAAGAAAAAAGGAAAAAAAUUCAUUCACUCGUUGAGUUCUUGAAAUUACAGUUGAAACUAUGAUUCUUUGAUACCAAAUGGGAAGAAGACGAUGAGAUAUGGAAUAUUAAGCAAAAUCAGAGUUCUAGACCAACCCAAUACGAAUUUCCCGCUUACAGAGGUUAGCUCUGUAACUGAGUUUUCUGUGGCAUCAGCUCUUCAGAAUUACAUAAACUCAGAUCAUCCCUCACACGGCCGAAAGAUCCAUCCCCUCAUACUCAAAGCUGGUAUCAAACCCAAUGUCAAUAUCUCCAUCAAACUCCUCAUCAUGUACGUCAAGUCCUCCUGUUUAUCAGACGCGCGUCAGGUGUUUGAUGAAUUGCCUCGCCGAACUUUAUCGGCCUACAAUUACAUGAUAUCGGGCUAUACAAAACACGGGUUUGUCGAUAAAUCUUUUGAUUUGGUUCGAGAACUGUGCCUCUCGAAUGAAAAGCCCGACGGAUACACAUUUUCGAUGAUUUUGAAGGGUUCGACUAGCGGAAAUGCAGGGUCACGUUUACCUUUUACGGGGCGUGAGGUUCAUGCCCAGAUAUUGAAAUCCAAUGUUGAAGGUGAUGAUGUGCUUUACACCGCAUUGGUUGACUCGUAUGUGAAGAGUGGGAGGGUUGAGUACGCAAGAAGAGUGUUCGAUUUAAUGUUGGACCAGAACGUGAUUUGUUCGACAUCGAUGAUCACAGGGUACAUGAACCAAGGCCGUUUGGAAGAUGCCGAGGAUGUAUUUCACAAGACUGUCGAGAAGGAUGUGGUGGUUUACAAUGCCAUGAUCGAAGGAUACAGUAAAUCAGUCGAGACGGCUAAGAAGGCGAUACAUAUAUUCAUCGAUAUGCAGAGCCUAAAUUUCAGGCCUACGAUAUCUACUUUUGCAAGUAUUAUCGGUGCUUGUUCUCUUUUGUCAGCGUUCGAAAUCGGCCAGCAGAUCCAAGGGCAGUUAAUGAAAACCGAGCUUUUCACAGACAUAAAGAUUGGCAGUGCUCUGAUAGACAUGUACUCCAAAUGUGGGAGAACCGAUGAUGCAAGAUCCAUUUUUGAUUCCAUGCCGAGAAAGAACGUCUAUUCGUGGACUUCAAUGAUUGAUGGAUACGGGAAAAACGGGUGUCCAAACGAAUCGCUCGAACUCUUCGAUAGAAUGAUAAGCGAACGUCACACUAAACCAAAUUACGUUACUUUUCUCGGUGCACUCUCUGCAUGUGCCCAUGCAGGAUUAGUUGCCAAAGGGAGGAAGAUAUUCGAGUGCAUGGAUCGGGUUUACUCGAUGAAGCCAAGAAUGGAGCACUACGCAUGCAUGGUAGAUCUAUUAGGGCGUGCGGGGAGUUUGAACCAAGCGCUUCAAUUCGUGAUGCAAAUGUCCGAAAGGCCUAAUUCCGACGUUUGGGCGGCUUUGCUGAGUUCUUGCAGACUCCAUGGCGAUGUGGAGCUCGCGAAAAUAGCAGCGAACGAGCUUUUCAAAGUGAGUGGAGAGAGUAGGCCUGGAGCGUAUGUUGCUUUGUCGAACGCGUUAGCUGAUGCUGGGAAAUGGGAUAGUGUGAGCCAAUUGAGGGAGUUGAUGAAAGCGAGAGGAAUAUCGAAAGGAACGGGGCUCACUUGGAUUGGAACCGAUGCUGGUUUAGAAGCUUUUCAUGCUGGCCAGUCACUGUGAUUUAUCAUGGCAGUAUUAUUUGUCAGGUUUUUUUAAAAGAAACCGCCUCUGGUGCAAAAACCCAUCAUCAACGAAGUAUCAGUUAAUCAACUUGAAAAAAAAAUUCCGGUGCAAAACCCACGACCAAUGAAGAAUCAGUUUCUUGCUCGUAAAAAUCUUGGGGAGGAUCAAUGCUGCUUGAUGUUUGUACAUCGCGCUGCAACAGG